AUGUCUCUCAGUCAAACAUCGGUGCUUAAAGUGUACACCACCGUCAUUGACGAUGUCAUUGCCGGUGUGCGGGAUGCCUUUCUUGAUGAAGGCGUUGAUGAGCAGGUGCUGCAGGAAAUGAAACAGGUAUGGACCACAAAACUGUUGGCCUGCAAAGCGAUCGAAUCCACUCCAGAAUCGCAAGAUCAACAAGGUUCUGCUAUGCUAUCGAACAAGUCUGCAUCACAUGCAAAGACAAACGGUACGAAGAAAUCGAAGGCCGCAACGGCAGCUGCGUCGGCCGCAGCAGCAUCCAACAAUCAACAGGAAAAUGGCAAAGCAAACAACAACACAAAGACAAAUGUGGAGGUGAAAAAUGAGAAAAUACCCUCCCUGGUUCCUACCGGAAAUGCACCGCAAGCGGGUGGAAAUCAGAAUAGCACCGGCAACACUGCGACCCCCAGUUCAAACACAACAACAUCGACAGGACAGCAGCAACAACAGCAAAACACUUCACCAGCCGCCGUCGUAUCAGCGCUCGAUCCCGACAAGCAGGUUGCAAUCCAGAUAACGCUACCAGCACAACCGAACGUACCGAACAGUCAGCCGCGUGUGCUAACGAUUCAGGUGCCAGCAUCGGCACUGCAAGAAAAUCAAUUGCAUCAUGUGCUGACCAGUCCGAUCAUUUCCUCCAUUAUGCCACUCCCCCCGCACAUUGCAUCGAACGUGUUGCAGCAGCAUGUGAACAGCUAUUUGCAGAAUCUUAAUUUAAAUACCGUUCCAAUCCAGAAACAGCUGGAUGGUGCCUGUGACGAUGACGUAUUUAUGGUAGAGAGUGAAGUUGAAGGAAAAGUUGCCGCCAUAAAAUACAAACUUGUGGAACUACCACCGCGCAAAAAACCCCUCGAUCGGCAUCGGCUCGAUCGGCAGCUUAUAAAUGCACUGACAGUUGGACAACAAUCUUUCACCACUGACGAUGAUAUUGAACCAAUCGCGUCAAGUAGUAAUGGCAUUAGUGCAUUACGGUCAAAGGCAAUGGCGGGAAUGUUAGCUAGAACUUCUCGUCGGCGUCCAUUGAAAGGAGCUCGCAAAGUACGAACGUCAAACGUAGGAGAACAAGUUUCAGCUUCUUCGUUCCAUAUCUGCAGCAGCCUACAACUCGACGGUGCAGUCGACACAUCCGACGAGGAAGGCAGCGACAUCAGCGAUGACAACAUAGUCGAUGAUGAUGAUGAAGACUUGGACAAGGAGGAGGAGGACGAUUUGGAAGCGGAAGGUGGAGCAGAGGAAGAACCGCUCAAUAGCGAAGACGAUGUCACGGACGAAGAUGCGUCCGAUUUAUUCGAUACGGAUAACGUGGUUGUUUGUCAAUAUGAUAAGAUCACACGAUCUCGCAACAAGUGGAAGUUUUAUCUAAAGGACGGCAUCAUGCAUGUAGGUGGCAAAGAUUAUGUGUUUCAGAAAUCGAACGGGGAUGCAGAGUGGUAA